UCACGUCUUGUCAGUCCAUUGUUUGUGUGCACAUCUUUGUCAGGUCAGUUUUAACACCAGUCAUGUUUUGUUCCCAGGAGUAGCUUUAUAUUAAUGUUCUGUUGUUACUUUUAGUUAUCUUUUCUUGAAAGUUAAAUGAUUUUGUGGCCCGUGCACUACCCCCUUGCCUCCCUGAACUUGGGUCCUCCCCACCGUGACAAAUUCAGCUCAAGACUUUAAGGACCUUGGCCAGCUUCUCUCCUCUGAACGCCGCCUUCAGACGUCCCAUCUCGUUCUGCUCGCCGUGGACCAAGAUCUGCGGGGGUGAUGAGAGGCCAUUUUCAACCAAGCCGUGGACCCUUACUGGAUAUGCACACUGAGAUGGUACUGUAUAUCCAGGUUGGCGGUGCGCUGCGAUGCAGUCGGCCGGGAUGCAAAUUUGAAAGAUGUUCCGCAAGGUGAAAAAACGCCACAGUAGCAGUAGCUCUCAGAGCAGUGAAAUCAGCACCAAAAGUAAGUCUGUAGACUCUAGUAUGGGAGGUCUUUCCAGGUCCAGCACAGUCGCCAGCCUCGACACGGACUCGACCAAGAGUUCAGGAAACAACACAUCGGAUACAUGCGCAGAGUUCCGGGUGAAGUACGUGGGAGCCAUUGAGCGGUUGCAGUUUGACAUGAGCAAGACGCUCCAGGAACCUCUCGACCUCAUCAAUUACAUUGAUGCCGCCCAGCAAGACGGAAAGCUGCCGUUUAUGCCGGGUGACGAGGAGAUGAUUCUUGUUGUAUCGAAACACGGAGUCAAAGUGGCCUCACUGGACCAAUGUGAUGUCUUGCACCGCCACCCUCUCUAUCUGAUCGUGCGCAUGCUGUGCUACGACGACGGUUUUGGCGCGGGGAAGAACCUCCUGGCUCUCAAAACCACUGACGCCGAACAGGAAGGGUGCAGCAUCUGGGUGUACCAGUGCAGCAGUUCUGAGCAGGCUCAGGCCAUCUGCAAGGUGCUCUCUGCUUCCUUUGACUGUGCGCUCGCAUCAGACAAGUCCUGAGGACGGAAAGAGUGAAGUAAAAGCAACAAAAGAGGGGCCCACCAUGACUGACAUAUGCAAGCCAUUUUCUUAUAGCCAAAUUUUUUUUUUUUCAGUAGAUAAUACCUCGAUGGUAAAUCAAUUUCUGUACUCACCAACCGCCAUCUCAUAGGGACUUUGAGUGCAAAAAGAUGUUGGGGAAUGAGAGGAACCUUGCCUUCCUUUUUAAUGUAUUUGAGGAAUUUAUGGCACAAAGUGCUACAUAAUGUUUAUGAACACAUUUAGCGCAACUACAUGGGUACGAUUUUUCGAAAUGUGUCCACUUGUCCUUAAUUCUGAGACUUGGAAUUUAUUAAUACACAUUUUAGUGUGUGAACAAUAAUAUCAAAAAAAAACCUACGGUACGUCAUCUUUUAUAAUUAUUUUUCUCUGCCAUUGUCACUUUUACCAAUUUGUUGUGAAGUUUUGAAAAUGUGUGAAACAAUUAAAUGAGUGAAAUAAAGCUCCUGUGUUUGAGCA